CCUCUCAAUUUGUUCUUCAUUCAAUUCAAAAACAUACUCCACCUCUAGCUUCCCCUCAGCUGUUCUUCCUCGUUCUCCCUCUCUCUGCAACUAUAUAUUCCAAAACAAAUAUCAAGUGCAUCCGUAUCCAAUUUUAGCUGUUCUAAUUAGUCUUAUCCUCCGAUUUCCGUUUUCUUUUCUCUGAAUUUCGUUUCUUGGGCUACUGAAUAUAGCUUCAGCAACAAACCAUUGACAACUUUAGCAGCCCCGCUGAAGAUAGAUUGUCUUUCAUGUUCCUGGGUUCUCGUUUCCUUGACUCUCCAAUUUGUUCUUCCUCUUCUGAGACUGUUGCUGGUGCUGCUGCCGCCGCCAAUUUGACAGUUUCUGCUUCGUUAACUUCUCUUCUCACUCUGAAAUGUCUUGACUACUCUCGUUCCUAAAAUGAACUAAAGUUUUCCCACAAAUUGAGAAUCUUAAAUUACCGGCUUAUUUGCACCGACCCGCCGGUGAUACUCCCCGUCACAAAUUAGUUGUGUUGGAUAUUCUAGUUCACGGUAUAACCAUGGAGAACGCCGGGAAUUGGGAGAAAAAUGCUUUGCUGAACGAGCUAAUCCAAGGGAGGGAGCUUGCGCUGAAGCUGCAAGUCCUUGACUCAUCUUCGUCCGCGGAGAUGCGCGAAAUGUUGGUGCAGAAGACACUAACUACCUUUGACAGGGCUUUGUCGAUACUGAAAUGGAAUGGGCUGGAAACAGAGACUCAACCCAUGGAAAUUGUCGCCGGUGGCAUGGUUGACUCCCCGCGCUCGGAUAGCGCAAGCCCGAGAAGCGAUGAUUCAGACCGGCCUUUCAAGGAUCAGGACCGAAGAGAGAUCUCAAAGAAGAGAAAAGCAUUGCCCCGGUGGACGGAACAAGUGCGCAUUGGAUCGGGGGUAGGACUUGAGGGGCCUCUGGAUGGCUAUGGCUGGAGGAAGUAUGGCCAGAAAGACAUCCUUGGAGCUAAAUAUCCAAGAGCCUAUUACAGGUGCACCCAUCGUAACCUUCAAGGCUGUUUGGCCACUAAGCAAGUGCAAAGAUCAGAUGAAGACCCGUCUGUCUUCGACAUCACAUACCGAGGAAAUCACACAUGUAACCGGGCAUCCCAUCUAGUUCCAGCAUCGACAUCUGCUGACAAACCAGAGCAAAAACAGAACCAAGAUCAUCUUCAUCCACAAGAACUGCCAAACCAACAAAAUCAAAUUCAAUCACAAGAGAUCCUCUUGAACUUAAAUACUGGACUCAAUGUCCAAACCAAUGGCUUAGACUCUGGGGAGAUGAUGUCUUCUUCUUUCUCCUUCACUUCUACAUCCAUUGGAUGCUUAAAAACUGAGAACCAUAUCUUCUCUCCUUCUACACUUGAUAACAAUUUUAUGGGCAGUUAUUCUCCUUCCUUCAUUUCCCCUGCAACAUCCGAAUCCAACUACUUCUCUAUGUCGCCCUGUCGAAUGAACAGAUUACAGGGGGGGCAUAAUUUGCAGACUUCGGAAUCUGAUCUCACAGAAAUAAUCUCAGCUGCUACUUCAGCAACGAAUUCUCCUAUUGUGGACUUGGAUUUCCCCCUUGGUCCUGGGGAUUUUGACACUAAUUUCCCAUUUGACACUUCUGGGUUUUUAUUAUGAAGAAAAACCAAUGGUAUAAUAGAAAAGAAAAAGUUAAACACAGAUGCUCUUAAGUGGUUGGCACUGGUGCAGUUGAUCAUAGAUAGACUAUCCAGGAGGGAUACCCGUCUGUCAGAGUUGGUACAUGAAAGAACCUCCUUUUCGUGGGUAGAUGAAGAUCAUAGCUGUGUAGCAAGUAUUUUCUUUUCCUAUCUUUGUCUGAUCUUGUACAAUUAGGUUAUUUGUAACCUAUAGAAUCGGCUGAUAUUAUCUAAUCUUAUUUUGUCUUCAACUGGAUGAAAAGUUGAGUAA